UUUUACCAAUCACUGGAGAGUUAAUUAGGUAUUCUUGCUUGCUUACCAAGAUAAGAUUCACUAUAAAGGAAUAUUAUGGUAUAAAAUUUGCUCGCAAAUAAACUUACUAUAGCAAUGCAAAUUUACUUUUUCUAAAAAAUAAAGCCAAUGGGGAGCACCUAAAAUUCCUUCAAUUGCCACAAUUUUGGAGUAUAGUAAUCCUUUAAUUAAUUUCCACAAGCAAGGCUACCUAAUUAAAGUGGUGAUUUUACCGGACAAACUAUGAUGGGUAGGUUCGGAACUUUCAAAAUUUGAAUAUAAUAUCUGAACAAAUCGAUAGUUCUAUUUAUUGGGCUUAUUAUACGUUUCAAAAUUUUCUCAACUGAAUGAGAAUAAUCAUAAUCAUCUCAACCCAUCUCUCUACGCAAAAUAAUUUUUUUUAAAAAAUAAAUAAAUAAAUAAAUAAAAUUCCUCCUUUAUGCAAGAUUUUUUUUUAAAAAAAAAAAAACAUGCUUCAUUCGUUCCUUCCACUUGUAUAAUCCAAAUCUACAGUAUUGUUAAAUUAAUUAGGGUGCAAAACUUAGAAUAAAGAGUCUAGUUUGGCAUGAUGUUGGCCGAUUAAUUAAAAUGCAACCCCAAACAGUAUAUAAUAUAAUCCAAAUUAAAACUUUCCCACUCUUGUGAUCAUAAAGUCAUUACCUCAUAUGCAGCAUCGAAGGUGGCCUCGUAAGUUACAACUCUGGUAACCGUAAACAAACCAACAUCGCACGAGGACUCCAACAGCCUAUAAUCCCUCCCUCUCUCUCUCUUUCUCUCUCAUCCUAAUCAAACUCAAAAAUCCACAGAAAAAAAAAAAAAAUAAUCAACAACAACAAACGCAAACUCAGAAACUCAAAUCUCUCUCUCUCUCUCUAGAGCUCGCGCUCUUCAUAAUAAUCAUAAUCAUAGUUGCUACAUUCAUGGCCUCUUCCAAGGACUGGUUUCACCUCCCUCCCUUCAUCGCCACCUCCUUCUCCCUCUUCUUCCUCCUCCUCCUCUUCUUCCUCAUCGUCAAUGGCCGUAGACCCCAGUUGACCUCUCUCCUCUUCAACCCCACCCCUUCCAAGAACCACACCUCCUCUGCUUCUAAUACUUACCAAGCAUCUGGUUCUGGUUCUGGUUCUGGUUCUGGUUCAAGCAAGAAGAGAGGCGUUGAAGGGUGCAAUCUCUUUGAUGGGAGAUGGGUCUACGACGAGUCCAGCCCCAGUUACCCCGCCGGAUCGUGCCCGUUCGUCGACAGCGGAUUCAACUGCUUCCGCAACGGACGGCGCGAUCUCAACUACACCAAGCUGCGGUGGCAGCCCACGCAUUGCACCGCGCCGAGGCUAGAAGGGAAGAAAAUGCUGGAAAUGUUGAGGGGGAAAAGGAUGGUAUUCGUCGGGGAUUCGCUGAACCGCAACAUGUGGGAAUCACUGCUCUGCAUGUUGAGGCACUCCUUGCAGGACAAAGAUCGCGUGUUCGAGGCCUCCGGGAAGCAGGACUUCAAAGCCAGGAGUUCCUAUUCUUUUCGAUUCAUCGAUUAUAACUGUUCGGUCGAGUUCUCCUGGUCGCCGUUCCUUGUGCAACCAUGGGAUUCUAAAGGAAAAGUGAAGGAGACUCUCCGACUCGAUAUGAUCGAUCGCGCAUCGACAAGGUAUAAAGAUGCUGAUGUGAUAAUAUUCAACUCGGGGCACUGGUGGACACAUGAGAAGACCUCUAAAGGAAUCAACUACUAUCAGGAAGGUGAUUAUGUGCACCCUCGACUGAGUUCAGGGGAUGCCUAUCGCAAGGCUAUGACCACAUGGGCCAAAUGGGUCGACGAGCACAUCGACCCGCUCCGCACGCGGGUCUUCUUCCGCGGAUACGCCUGGAGUCACUUCAGUGGCGGGCAGUGGAAUUCUGGAGGAAACUGUGAUGGGGAGACGGUCCCGAUCACCGACGACAAGCACCUAGCCAAGAGGUACCUAGUCUUAAUAUCCAUUCUUGAGUCUGUGCUCGCGGAGAUGAGGACACCCGUCCUCUACCUCAACGUGACAAGGAUGACGGACUACAGGAAAGAUGGGCACCCGUCAGUGUAUCGGGUGCCUGCAGGACGGAGGAGCCCGGAAACCAUCCAGGACUGCAGCCACUGGUGCCUACCUGGAGUCCCCGACGCAUGGAAUGAGCUCCUCUAUGCAAUGCUAUUGCAAGGAUUGAGAUAGACGAGGCUAACAUGCGCGCCCAAAUGAUCGCAGAAACGAGAGCUAGGUGUUAGAGAAAAGUGUACAUAUGCUGAUUCUUUGGCGAAAGCAUAGACAAGAUUUUUCUACUAGAUUUUGGGAGGAUAAA